AUGGGUAGAUUAGAAUUAAUUUUAGGCUUUUGGGGUUGUCGGCACGAGAUGGACAUGGAGGCUGGAAAUACAAUUAGUAUUGCCUUGUGCGUCUUAACAAAGAGCAACAAGAACAGAUAUGACUCCUAUUGCUUAAAAGUGGUUCCUCGUUUUGAAACUGUUAAAGGACUAAAAGAAUACCUUGUUCAGAGAAGCGGAGAGGAACUUAAACCAGCCAUGACUGGCGAAGAUUUUACGCUUGGUUACUUCGGUGAGGGAAACAAGAAAUUUACGAUCAAGUCAGAACUUCAACUGGCCGAGGCUUUAUCAUUGGUAUAA